AUCCGGCGUCAGGUACUCGGACUUGCUGCUUGGGUGACUGACUGCGCACGGGUGCACGCCGCAGCUGUGCGCCACCGAGCUGCGGAUUACACAACCCAAGUCAAAACAUCACCACCGGCUCCCUGCCGCGCCUCGUCCCGUCCCGUUUCCCCUACCACGCCAUGCCUCUCCUCUUCCUCCCCGCCGCCGGCCCCCUCUUCCCCGUCUCGCUCGUCCCCACGCGCUGCCGCCUCCGCCCCCGUCUCAGCUGCGCGGCCGCCACGAGCACAGCCGCCACCUCCGCCGCUCCCGUGAGCCUCUUCGCCGUCGAGGACUACCUCAUCGCCAACUGCCACCUCACCCAGGCACAGGCCGUCAAGGCGUCCAAGAGACUCGCGCACCUCAAGUCCGCCUCCAACCCGGACGCCGCGCUCGCCUUUCUCACGGGCCUUGGGCUCUCCCCGAAGGAGGUGGCCGCCGUCGUGGCCUCCAACCCGCGCGUCCUCUGCGCCCGCAUCGACCGCUCCCUCGCGCCCAUCUCCACCGAGCUCCGCGCGCUGGGCCUCUCCCCAUCCCAGAUCGCGCGCCUCGCCCAGAUCGCCAGCCGCUACUUCCUCUGCCGGAGCUUCGUCUCCAAGGUGCGGUUCUGGCUCCCGCUCUUCGGCUCCCCGGAGCGGCUGAUCCAGGCCAGCGACUGGAACUACUGGCUCCUCACCUGCGACCUCGAGAAGGUGGUUGAGCCCAACGUCGCGUUCCUCAAACAGUGCGGGCUGAGCGCCGGCGACAUCGCCAAGCUGCUCGUGGCUGCGCCCCGGCUCGUCACCAUGCACCCCGAGUACGUCCAGGACGCGGUGCGGCGCGCCACGCAGCUCGGCGUGGCGCCGGGCUCCCAGAUGUUCCGGCACGCGCUCUCCACCGCCGGGUGCAUCGGCCAGGAGAAGGUCGACGCCAAGGUCGCCGCCCUCAAGGAGACGCUCGGGUGGUCGCAAGAGGAGGUGAACCUGGCCGUCCGCAAGGCGCCGCGGAUCCUGGUCGCGUCCGAGGAGAGGCUGCGCCGGAACGCGGACUUCCUGGUCAACGAGGUCGGGUUGCCGCCGCAGUACAUCGCGCGCCGGUCCGUGCUGCUCAUGUAUAGUCUCGAGAGGCGUCUGGUGCCCCGGCACCUCGUGGUGAAGGCUCUCAAGGAGAGGGGGUUGGUCGAUCAAGACCGGUGCUUCUUCAACGUGGUGGCGCCAACCGAAGAGAAGUUCUUGGAGAAAUUCGUUGCUCCCUAUGAGGAAUCCGUCCCCGGUCUUGCUGACGCUUAUGAGUCUGCCUGUGAUGGGAUGGUACCGGAGGGAUUUCAACAUAAACUGAACUGCAAGGAGUAUUUGUAGAUACCAGAGGUCCAGAAUGCAGGUACACAGCGCGGCUUGUAGCAGCUUGGAACGAAGGAAAUGCUCCUCUGGAACUACUUGUGCCUGAAGAGGCUUCUUCGAUUUUUAGAGUAAAGAGGCGACCUCGAUUAGACAGUAUUUAUAUAGACUGUAAUUUUCUAGCAUCUCAUUAUUUUGGUCUUUUUUUUAAAAAAAAAUUAUCAGAAGGAUGAGUGGCUGAAUACUUUUUUAUUUUUAUAUUUUGCAAAUAU